AUGUCACCGCCCGCAAACGCCCCGAAAAACACCUCACCCUCCGCUUCGGUGAGGUCAAAUGCCUCCCACAUCCCCGGCCAUGGCGCGACCCGCCCCUCCCCUCCUUCCAUUUCUUCCUCACCAGAGGUGAUACCAAAGAGCCUCUCCAAGGCGGGCCGUUCCAAAACCACUCCACUCGGCCUUGAACCUAUAUGGGCUCCUUCGAUCGAUCGGCCCCAGCUCUCGGAACGUGAUAGUAUAUUUGCGACCACAUACCUACCUUCCGAUAGUCCUGCCUCCUCUCCCAUCUCGUCCCCAGUCGAAGUCUCGCCCAGGAACAAUGCUUUUGACCGUCCUCUGCCCAACAUGGCAACAGCUGCGGCUCCCGCUCGACGAUUGAUGGAAUCGCCCAUCUUCCGCCACCACGAUACGCCCUCCUACCCUCCUCCCUCCCUCAAAGAACACCAAGGCCUUCUGGCCACCCACUUCAAUCCGAACAGACCAUUAAUGGGAAGCAGAGGCAUGGAUGUCGGAACCCUGACCCAGAGCCCUCCUCCCUUCAUGAGCCCCGUCGACUCCCCCGUCGGUCGCCCUUCCACGCCCCAUCACCCCGAUACACCACACGCAGCGAGCCGGCCUCUUUUGGAGGCAUUGGCGGAUAGCGAGGAGCGAAUGAGAUAUAAUGCUUGGCGGGAAGGCAAUGCCGUCUUUCCCGGCAACAACAACGCUCCAAAACCCACCCGGGGAGUUACCCACGUAGAUAAGAAAAUCGAGGCCACUCUACCCAAGGCAGAACAACCGCCGACGGCGAGGAGUCGAAAGGCGAGCCAUUACCUACGAGUGUUUAAGGAGAAUGAUGCCGCCGAGGAGCAGAAAAAGCGUGAGGGGAAAGGAAAGGAUCGGCGCAAUGGGGAUCGGACACUACCAAUUCCCUCCGAGGAGGAUGAAUACUCCCACCCAUCGUCUGCAGUACAGUCUCCAGAAGCUGUUGUAGGCGAAUCAUACUUCGAACCUCUACGCACCCCGGGCCUCGAUGUGACGGAGGCGAUUAAGCCAGAUGUUCCUGGUAGCCCACACCCGGUUGAACAGAAGCAAAAACGAGAGAUUCCCCUGCGCUUACUGGAAGAGAUUCGAAACUUUGGAAACCUCACCCCGGGAGCCGAUUCAGGGACAUCAUUUUCGAAGAGUCUGCCUACCGCUGUGGUUGAGAGACUCGCAAAGGGCAUCCCCACGUCGAAGUUGCACGAAGCAACCGACUACUUCACUUCGGCCUCUCCGACCGGCAGCGAGGAGCGAUCGCCUGGUUCCGACGGGGAAGACUCCGAACGGGAACAAAUAUCGUCUGCCUUGUAUUUCCCUCAUCGCCAAUUGAAGUCAGAUAAGACCCCGCUAGAAGAAGUGCACGCAGAGAACGAAGGUGAGGUGAAACGGGAACGGAAGCCUACCGGUACGGUUAGAGGUCCCAAAGGAUGGUCCAAGGAAGAGACUGUACAAACUCCUCAAGAAGUAGAAAUCUCUCUACAAUCCCAAGAUACAAAUCAAUGCCUGCAUGGUGAUAUACCAAAAAGAGCUGCCACGUCAGAAGAAGACGAGCAGUCGAUGACCUCCCCAGUGGAUGCGACAUCAACCGAGUCUGACUAUGAGUCACUCGCUGAAUCAUUGCAUUCCUUACGCAGCGUUGAUUCUAGCGUCACUGAUGACUUAGGAACGACGCCGACUGCGACUCCGCGACAAAAAGAAGCGAAGCCUGUUCCCGCCCCACAGCCACCAGCACCCUUAGGCGCCGUCGAGCUGAAGCCAUAUGAUCACCAAGUUGGUGGUCACACCACUGUAUAUCGUUUUUCCAGACGGGCUGUGUGCAAGCAACUCAAUAAUCGAGAAAACGAAUUUUAUGAGACAGUUGAGCGGCAUCAUCCUGAUUUGCUGGAGUUUCUGCCCAGAUAUAUCGGUGUCCUUAAUGUCACAUAUCGUAAAGCUCCCAAAAAGAAGAAAACCAAGGACAAAAGCAAGAAUGAAGAGGCUGGUAAUCAAGAUGCUCAAUCUUCGCUCAAAGCCGACACCACAUCUUCGAAUCAUACUUCUGAACACACAAGCCACAAGGCCAGUUCUGAUGAGCAUCCUAGGGUUGUCAGUCACUCACAACAAACCAUGCCUGUUCCCCAGGUAAUUUUUGAAAACAAUCGCCACAUAAUUCCCGACAAUCUGUUUCGUGUUCCUCCACGCUCUACUACUCCUGACCCCUGGAUGAGCAAUUCUUCACUUCCAUCCCAGUAUCACCGAAGGAACCAGAGCGAUAUUGGUUUCGUUUCGGAGGCCUCGGAGGAGUAUUCUCGCCGGCCACCAUUGCCGCACCACACUAGUUGGGGUGUCACUACUAUCAACAGAAAGCUGCAAGAAGAGGUCCUUCGCCAGGUUUUCGCGCCACCGCCCAUCCAUCAUAGACAUCGACACGGACAUCGACGAAUUCCCCAAAAGGUGAGGCCUGACUCCCCGAAUCUGGUUGGGUCUGCGCCCUCCAUGCGAAGAAGCACCUCGAGCGUCUCACACAUAAAUGCUUCAUCAUUCGUAGAGGAGCCGACUCGUAAGCAAGUCCUGAAAGCCGAGGCUCACCGCAAGCUUUCUGGAGGAUCUCCACAUUUCGACACUUUUCAUGCAGAUUCGGACAAUGAAGCUACCUUGCGCGUGCCGCCCUCUUCCACUCUUCCCCGCAGACGUCAUUCGGGUGGGGGUUUGACGCGCCGUCCUCUCGGUGUGGACUCGAGUAAGAGGCAUAAUCUAGAGUUUUACGAAGAGGAAGGAUACACUGGUGAUCGCGAGGAGGAGGUUUUUGCGAUGGAUGAUGACCCUCCAGGCUCACCGAGCCUUCCUAGGCCAGACCUAACUUUUGAGCCCGCGAGUAAGCCGACCAGUCAACCAGAUACACCAGGCGGAUCCGUGGGGACAAUGCUGCCAGCGCCAGUUGUACCGCAACCCAUACCCUCUACACCUGCUGCUUUGGAUCCCUCGAACCCCAAGGAAGCUCAACAGCAGCCCGACGAGCGUGUCCAACACUUCCUCCUAUUGGAAGAUCUUACAGCGGGUAUGUCGAGGCCCUGUGUUCUUGAUCUUAAGAUGGGGACGCGACAGUAUGGCAUUGAAGCCAAUGAAAAGAAGCAGCGAUCCCAGCGGCGUAAGUGUCAGAUGACAACAAGCCGUGAGCUUGGCGUGAGAGUCUGUGGGAUGCAGAUAUGGAAUGUGAAGACACAGAGUUAUGUCUUUGAAGACAAAUACUUCGGCCGUGACCUUAAGGCUGGCAAGGAGUUUCAAGAUGCUCUCAAGCGGUUUUUCUUUGACGGGAUCGGUUACAAAGCAGCUCUCCGGCAUAUACCGACAAUAUUGGAGAAGAUUAGUGCUUUGGAGGGGAUGAUCAAGAGACUCCCCGGGUACCGAUUCUAUGCUAGCAGCCUACUCAUGCUGUACGACCGUGGCGACGGCGAGAAGGACAAGAACCAACCACCGAUGCCACAGGGCGCGUCGAAUUCGAGCACAGAAGAUGUAUCUGCCACAGUGUCUCCUGCGCCUGGGAAGAAUAAUACCAUUGAGGAUUCUGAGAUCAAGCUCAGGAUCGUAGAUUUCGCCAACUGUGUUACCGCCGAAGACGCAAUACCCGAGGACGCAUUUUGCCCCCCUCACGAUCCAGACGGAGUGGAUGCUGGGUACCUCCGCGGACUCAGAAGCCUCCGACUGUACUUCCAUCGCAUCUGGCGAGAUCUGAAUGAGAAAGAAUGGGUUGAGCGAGGAGAAGGCGAAGGCAUGUCGCUGAACUCUCCAGGCCCUGGCUUCAAUGGCGUUGGAGACUGGAUGGAGCCUCCUGGCGGAGACGGAAACGUGAGCGUCUGA